GGGUCCCGCGCCCCGCGCUCCCUCUCAAGCUAACCCCUGCCCGCAGGAAGCGGGGCUCGGAGGCUCCCUCGCAACAAAAGGCUAAAUUCGGUUUCCCUGGUUCCGCAUUUCCCCAGGGAGCUCUCCUCGUAAAACUAUUCCCCGUGAAGGCGGCAGGGCAGAGGUCCAGGGCGGGCUUUGCUGGGAGCCUCGGGACCCCGGGUUGGGGGCCGUGGGGCGGCACCUGGCGAGCUGGCGGGCGGGCGGCGAGCCGAGGCUUCCCGGCCUGGCAGCAACUCGCCCCUCUGCCCUCAGCCCUCCAGGCUGCGCUCCCUUCCCCCACGCCGCCCUGCCCCUCCCCCACGACCCUUUCUCUUUCUUUCUUUCUUUCCCAGUUCGCCUGCCCCCACCCCAGCGGCGCCCGCCGGGCUCCUCGCCCAAUGGCCGCGGGGCCCGGGACCGCAUCAGCUGAUCGGCCCGGGCUCCUGGCCGCUAGGAGCCAAUCAGGGCACCGGGGGCGGCCCCGGGCCGCGGAUAAAGGGUGCGGGGCUGCUGGCGGCCCUGCAGAGUCGAGAGUGGGAGAAGAGCGGAGCGUGUGAGCAGUACUGCGGCCUCCUCUCCUCUCCUAACCUCGCUCUCGCGGCCUACCUUUACCCGCCCGCCUGCUCGGCGCCCAGGUAAGUCCCCGGACGGCCCGGUGUCACUCAAGCGAUGCGCGCCGCCCCUGCUACCCCGCGAGGCGCGCCGCCCAGCCUCUUUUUUCGGCUGCCUGCCCCUCCAGUCCCAGCCCUACGCUGCGGCCUCUCCGGCCCAUGCCUGAGAUCCGGCAUGAGUGCUCCUCCCGCCUGCUUCCGCCGCCGGUGGCUUGGACCCGUCGGGGCUGGCGCUGAUGGGGCGCGCCCCUGGCCAGGCUCUGGGAAGGGCGGGGUGAGUUGUUUUGAUCUUCUUUUCACUACUUGCGGCCGAAGCGCCGCCCCUGGAGGCCGUUGGGCCGGCCCGCGCCCUGGGGCUCGCAGUGGUGUUUGUGCUGUGGAUGGAGUGGCGGUGCGGUCCCCUGUGGAGCGCAAACAAGGCGCUUGGUUGGCGCGGGCGCCUGGCUGCCUUCCUCGUGGUGGGCGUUCGGAGCAAUCGUCCUGGUUCUGGCGAUGGUUGAGACGCCUCGAUUGCGGCGUGUAACGAACACCUUCCACCAUGACCACCUCAGCAAGUUCCCACUUAAAUAAAGGCAUCAAGCAGGUGUACAUGUCCCUGCCUCAGGGUGAGAAAGUCCAGGCCAUGUAUAUCUGGAUCGAUGGUACUGGAGAAGGACUGCGCUGCAAGACCCGGACCCUGGACAGUGAGCCCAAGUGUGUGGAAGAGUUGCCUGAGUGGAAUUUCGAUGGCUCUAGUACUUUACAGUCUGAGGGUUCCAACAGUGACAUGUAUCUCGUGCCUGCUGCCAUGUUUCGGGACCCCUUCCGUAAGGACCCUAACAAGCUGGUGUUAUGUGAAGUUUUCAAGUACAAUCGAAGGCCUGCAGAGACCAAUUUGAGGCACACCUGUAAACGGAUAAUGGACAUGGUGAGCAACCAGCACCCCUGGUUUGGCAUGGAGCAGGAGUAUACCCUCAUGGGGACAGAUGGGCACCCCUUUGGUUGGCCUUCCAACGGCUUCCCAGGGCCCCAGGGUCCAUAUUACUGUGGUGUGGGAGCAGACAGAGCCUAUGGCAGGGACAUCGUGGAGGCCCAUUACCGGGCCUGCUUGUAUGCUGGAGUCAAGAUUGCGGGGACUAAUGCCGAGGUCAUGCCUGCCCAGUGGGAAUUUCAGAUUGGACCUUGUGAAGGAAUCAGCAUGGGAGAUCAUCUCUGGGUGGCCCGUUUCAUCUUGCAUCGUGUGUGUGAAGACUUUGGAGUGAUAGCAACCUUUGAUCCUAAGCCCAUUCCUGGGAACUGGAAUGGUGCAGGCUGCCAUACCAACUUCAGCACCAAGGCCAUGCGGGAGGAGAAUGGUCUGAAGUACAUCGAGGAGGCCAUUGAGAAACUAAGCAAGCGGCACCAGUACCACAUCCGUGCCUAUGAUCCCAAGGGAGGCCUGGACAAUGCCCGACGUCUAACUGGAUUCCAUGAAACCUCCAACAUCAACGACUUUUCUGCUGGUGUAGCCAAUCGUAGCGCCAGCAUACGCAUUCCCCGGACUGUUGGCCAGGAGAAGAAGGGUUACUUUGAAGAUCGUCGCCCCUCUGCCAACUGCGACCCCUUUUCGGUGACAGAAGCCCUCAUCCGCACGUGUCUUCUCAAUGAAACCGGCGAUGAGCCCUUCCAGUACAAAAAUUAAGUGGACUAGACCUCCAGCUGUUGAGUCCCUCCUAGUUCUUCAUCCCACUCCAACUCUUCCCCCUCUCCCCGUUGUCCCGAUUGUAACUCAAAGGGUGGAAUAUCAAGGUCGUUUUUUUCAUUCCAUGUGCCCAGUUAAUCUUGCUUUCUUUGUUUGGCUGGGAUAGAGGGGUCAAGUUAUUAAUUUCUUCACACCUACCCUCCUUUUUUUCCCUAUCACUGAAGCUUUUUAGUGCAUUAGUGGGGAGGAGGGUGGGGAGACAUAACCACUGCUUCCAUUUAAUGGGGUGCACCUGUCCAAUAGGCGUAACUAUCCGGACAGAGCACGUUUGCAGAAGGGGGACUCUUCUUCCAGGUAGCUGAAAGGGGAAGACCUGACUUACUCUGGUUAGGUUAGGACUUGCCCUCAUGGUGGAAACUUUUCUUAAAAAGUUAUAACCAACUUUUCUAUUAAAAGUGGGAAUUAGGGGAGAAGGUAGGGGUUGGGAAUCAGAGAGAAUGGCUUUGGUCUCUUGCUUGUGGGACUAGCCUGGCUUGGGACUAAAUGCCCUGCUCUGAACACAAAGCUGAGUAUAAACUGAUGGAUACCCCUACCUUGAAAGAAGAAAAGGUUCUUACUGCUUGGUCCUUGAUUUAUCACACAAAGCAGAAUAGUAUUUUUAUAUUUAAAUGUAAAGACAAAAAACUAUAUGUAUGGUUUUGUGGAUUAUGUGUGUUUUGCUAAAGGAAAAAACCAUCCAGGUCACGGGGCACCAAAUUUGAGACAAAUAGUCGGAUUAGAAAUAAAGCAUCUCAUUUUGAGUAGGGAGCGAGGGAAGUGGUUCUUAGAAAGAUGGUGAUCUGGGAUUAGGCCCUCAUGACCCUUUUGGGUUUCUGCCCUGCCCACCCUCUGGAGAAGGUGGGCACUGGAUUAGUUAACAGACGACACGUUACUAGCAGUCACUUGAUCUCCGUGGCUUUGGUUUAAAAGACACACUUGUCCACAUGGGUUUAGAGAUAAGAGUUGGCUGGUCAACUUGAGCAUGUUACUGACAGAGAGGGUAUUGGGGUUAUUUUCUGGUAGGAAUAGCAUGUCACUAAAGCAGGCCUUUUGAUAUUAAAUUUUUUAAAAAGCAAAAUUAUAGAAGUUUAGAUUUUAAUCAAAUUUGUAGGGUUUCUAGGUAAUUUUUACAGAAUUGCUUGUUUGCUUCAACUGUCUCCUACCUCUGCUCUUGGAGGAGAUGGGGACAGGGCUGGAGUCAAAACACUUGUAAUUUUGUAUCCUGAUGUCUUUGUUAAGACUGCUGAGGAAUUAUUUUUUUUCUUUUAUAGUAAGAAAUAAACCCCACCUUUAUUCCUUCAUUUCAUCUACCAUUUUCUGGUUCUUGUGUUGGCUGUGGCAGGCCAGCUGUGGUUUUCUUUUGCCAUGACAACUUCUAAUUGCCGUGUACAGUAUGUUCAAAGUCAAAUAACUCCUCAUUGUAAACAAACUGUGUAACUGCCCAAAGCAGCACUUAUAAAUCAGCCUAACAUAAGA